CGAAAUCAUAAACAAAAGAGCCUUCCUACUUUCUCUGAUUCUCUCUACUUCAACUUCCAUUUGCAUUGGAUUGCAUCCUUCAGCAGCUUCUUCUCUGAUUUAGGGUUUGUUUUUCGGGGUGGUUCUUUCCUUCAACGAACGAGACAUCUUUUGCUGCUUCGUUUCUUUUUCUAUAUAUUUUCUCGGUAUGGACUAUGAAGUUUGCGAUAGUAGUGGCACCGAUGAUGAUCUACCUCCAUCCCAUCAAACUGGAGUUUCAAUAAGGGGUAAUAUUGCUGGAAAUGGAAGAUCUAUCGUAGGUUCUGCUUCAUAUUCUAGGAUGCAUUCUGACAAGGAGACCCAAAUACAUCUACUUGAGCAAGAGGCAUAUUGUGCUGUUCUGCGUGCUUUUAAAGCUCAAUCCGAUGCCAUUUCUUGGGAAAAGGAAGGCCUGAUAACUGAACUUAGGAAAGAACUGAGGUUGUCGGAUGAUGAGCAUAGAGAGCUUCUGACCAAGGUUAACUCUGAUGAUAUCAUCAGAAGGAUAAGUGACUGGAGACAAGCUGGUGGGAGUCAACCUGCAAGACUUAGUGCAUCUCAUUCUUUCCACAAUGUUUUACCUAGUUCAACUGUUUCGGCAUCUCGCAAGAAACAGAAGACAUCUCAGUCGUCAUUGCCUGGCUUAUCCAUGGCAAGGCCUAUGCAUUACCCCACUGCAGUUUCUGCUGGAAAUAGGCAAUUCAAUCACCGUGGUGCUGUUGCUGGCCUUUCAGCCAAUGAGCAUGGUGAAGGAGCAACUUUUGAUCCCUUAAUUGGAAGGAAAGUUUGGACAAGAUGGCCUGAAGACAACCAUUUCUAUGAGGCUGUAAUCACUGAUUACAAUCUCUCUGAGGGUCGACAUGCUCUGGUUUAUGAUAUAAAUACGGAAAAUGAGACUUGGGAAUGGGUUGAUCUCAAAGAGAUAUCUCCGAAUGACAUCAGAUGGGACGGCGAGGACGUAGGCAUAUUUUAUCGAGGGCGCCAUGGUUUCCAUGGAGCUAAGAAAUCCUUCAGUCACGGUGCUUCUGCUCCAGUAUCUGGAAGAGACAUAGGUUCAGUGAAGGGCCUAUACAGAAAAGAAUAUUUUCCGUCACAGAAUGGUAUUACAAAGAAACUUUAUGAUGAUGUCGAGUUGUUAAACACGGAAGCUUUAGUAAAGGAGGUGGAGAAGGUCUUCCACGCUACUCAUCCCGAUCCUCAUGAGCUUGAGAAGGCAAAGAAGAUGCUGAAAGAACAUGAACAAGCACUCAUUGAUGCUAUUGCGAGGCUUGCCGAUGCAUCUGAUGGUGAAAGUGAUGGAGAACAAACAUACUCUCGUCGUUAACCGAUGGACCAGCUAUGAGUAUGCAGUCUGCAGCGAACACUGUUGAAGUUGGUAAGAACCGAAUCGCAAUAACUAGUCUAUCUUUUUUGCACUUCUUUUUGUGUGGUUUUUUGCAUCUGGUCCUUGCUGGAUAGAAAGUUGCUAAAGUCUUGUAAGAGGAUCACUGCCCAAACGAAAGACGCUUCGAAUUCGAGAACCUACGCCUGGAAUGUAAAAUUAUUCAUGGCAGUCAUCAAUGUGAAAUUUUUGGUUUCAUGUAGCUUUACAUAACUUUGUUC